UCUCAAAAUGACGGCUACAGUAAAUUUCGAAAACUACCCACCUUUCACAUCUCUAAUUUGUCGGUCCCCAUUUUCUCCUUUCUUCUUCAACGUGUUCAUCAUCCCCGUUCAAUCCUUGAUGUCUAAUCCUUCUCAAACACUUUGAUUUUUAGGGAAAAAAAUCAUUUUUACCUUCUAUUAUGCCAAUCGCUAGGGUUUAUUUGACCUAUAUGUUCUGUCCUCCAAAACCCUCUAGCUCUAUUUCCUCGCGGUUGAAUCAAAUUUAGCCACUGAUCAAUCUCCUUCUUUGUCCUUCUUGUCGUUGUACAUGUAAAUAUGGUACUAAUAUUAUAAUUAGAGAUCUGUGUGGUGGAUUUUCUUUCCUUUUUUUUUUUCGUGAAAAAAUGAAGAAGAAGAAGAGAUCGCGUGCUUCCAAGAAAGGUAGCGGUGGGGUUUGCAACGCUGCUCCUCCGCCUCAGAGCAACCAAGCUGAAGAAGAAGAAAAGCACAAGGUUGUAGAAAGUCUGGUGGAGGCUUUUGGUACAAUUUCUGUCGAAGAAGCUGAAGCGGCUUAUAACGAAGCCAAGGGGGAUGUCAACAAGGCGGCGGAGAUUUUAGGGGAUUUGUAUGUGAAGGAGAGUUCGACCGAGGAUCAAAGCACAUCUUGCUCUAGCUCCAGUGGAAAUUUUGCAUCUACCUCGUCGGGCUCGGGUUCAUCGGGCUCGUCGUCUGCUUCCGAGGUGUUUGCUGAGGCUAAUGUUGUCUGUCCAAACGGGGUUAGGAAUCAGAAAGGUAGGCAGAAAAAGGUUGUGGCAGCUGCUGGGAUCGUUUCAACGGUGUUGGGAAAGGAUUAUGUGAGGUCGGUUACAAAGAAAAGUUCCUCAAAAUCGAAGGGAAGUUGGAAUAAGGAGGACGUGGAGCAGUUUUUGUUCUCGAUGCUUGGGGAGGACUGUGAAUUGGGCAUGCCUGUAGUCAGCGAUGUGCUCUGUGGGUGUGGGUAUGAUGUCGAGAAGGCUCUAAAUAUUUUGCUUGAAUUAUCGUCCUCUUUGGGUGAGCAAACCCACGUUGGCAAUGCUAAUGCUAACAUCAGAGAAGAUGCUUCUUCUAAUCUUGAAGGAAACAGCAGUCUUACAGAUAGGACAUCUGACUCAACUUCUUAUUCAUCUGAAAGUGACUUUCCAAAAAAUGCGGUGUGUACAGAACAUAUUGGCAGGAGUCAUUUCCAAGUUCUUGCUGGUAUUGACAAUCAUUCUUCAAAAAAUCCUGCGCAUAUGGAGCCAGACCUCUCUCAACAGGUUUUGGAAUCCCUGUUUAAUAUGCCGACUCCCAAGAGUGCUGAACGUGAGCCUAACACUAUGAACUGGAGGAAAAUUGUUAAAAAAAUGACAUCUUUGGGACAGGGUACUCAUCCAGGAGAUGGUGCAUUAGUGCGGAAUUCCCUUGCUAAAGGAGAUGACUAUCAGGUCUUCAGACAAUCUGCAAAGCAGCACUGGGAGUCAAUGAAGUUUUGCUAUCAAAAGGCUGCAAGUGCAUUUUCUAAUGGAGAACGAGAUUAUGCAGCUGUUCUGUCUGAGAAGGGGAGGACACACAGUAAGAUGGCUCGGGAGGCAGAAGAAAAGGCUAGCCAGGAUAUCUUCCAAGCAAGAAACAAGGGCAUAGAGAAUAUGAUAACGAUUGAUUUGCAUGGGCAACAUGUCAAAGAAGCGAUGAGGCUUUUAAAACUUCAUCUUCUUUUUGGGGCAUAUGUGCGCUCUGUGCGGUCACUCAGGAUUAUCACUGGAUGUGGGAGGCACGGGGUAGGGAAAUCACAGCUGAAACAGUCGGAAGGUUGAUGAAGUGAUAUUGAUCUAACAUGCCAGAAGUCUGUCUGUUAGCUUUCUUAAGUGGACGGAUUUCUUAAACUUGUGUUUGUGAUCAUUGCUUGAAAGGAGAGAUAAUAGACCAUCUCUGGAUACGUGUGGAAAGGAACUGAGAAGAUUCAGAUAUCAUGCAUGUUACUCAAAUAUUGAAUACUUUUUUUCUAAAUGCUUUGGUCAUGCCAUAAUUUUACCUUUUCAUAUGUACAGGUCAUUAAUCUUUUGAAGAAGGAAGGUAUUGAAUGGAGCGAAGAAAAUAGUGGAACACUGCUCAUCAGCAGGCUUGAUCAGCAGACACAGUUUAGCUUUCUAGAUUCUGACAAUGAGGGCGAGUAAUCUUCCUGCAGUUUGGUCGCGCAUUUUUAGAACUGUAGCAAAAGCAUGGUUAAUUAGAUGUUAAUAGUGAGUACUAUUUAGCUUUUGCUGUUAAUUCUUGGCCAACUAAUUCUACAGAUGACAUCUAGAAGCUAGUUUAGAUUCAGACCUAUGUUUACAUCCAACUUUAGAUUGUGGAAGUUCGAGCAAGAUUAACAGCAUAUCCUAGCCUAUGCUGUGAGCUUGAACUUUAAUGUAUAUUAUGCUUUGGGUCUUUUGUAUCGAAUUCGUGUCGGCAUGUUUAGCCACAUUAUAUACAUAUCAGUCAGGUUGUAAAUGAUGUAACUUGUGAAGUGCAAACUGAUGGUGUAGUUGGAACUCAGAAGAGAAAAGGUCUUUUUAA